AUGCACAAGGCCCUGCGGCGGCAGCCAUGGACCUGCCCCAGAUGCCUGCGCAAGCAGCACAGAUUCAAUUCUACUGCCGCCGGCAUAGCCGUGGCCGACGAUAACACCUUCGACGCUACCCACCUACCCGCGUCUUCCUCCUCCAAGAGCGGCAGUGACAAUGCUCUCCUUCGUGAGAUUUUCAAUCAAAAGACCCUCUCAAAGACCUCAUCCACACAGAGCUCGGGCUUGAUAGGAAACACGUUCCUGACCCUUCCACAAGGCUUUCAAAAGUUUGCAGAGGCUUCUGUGAUACAAUGCAAGAGAUUGGUAGACAGGACGCUCGCCGCCUCCACGGCCGAGCAAUACAGAGCCAUACCUAGGGAUCUUGAUAGACUCAGCGACUUGCUUUGUCGAGUCAUAGAUCUCUCCGAUUUCAUCAGGAGCAUUCACCCGAGUGACGAUGUCGCCGCCUCGGCAUCCGCCUCAUAUUCGCUGAUGUUCCAGUACAUGAAUGAGCUCAAUACAACCACUGGCUUAAACAAGCAGCUGAAAAAGGCCUGGGAUAUGCCAGAGGUUCGGACGCAAUGGAGCGAAGAGGAGAAAAUGGUUGCCCUGCUCCUGAUGAGGGAUUUCGCGAAAUCAGGCAUCCACCUCCCCGAAAAACAGAGACGACAGUUUGUCUCGUUGUCGAACGACAUCGUACAGCUGGGAACCGAUUUCAUCAAUCAGAUGGAUCAUGCAAGGGAGUAUGUGCCAUUUACCGUACGCCAGUUGGAUGGUAUAGAUCCAACCUUGGUUCAAGGUUUCAAAAACCACGAACGAGCACAGAUUCCAGUGUCGAGUAAGUGGUCCAAAAUGGUUCUUAGCUCUGUCAAAGACGCCGCAACGAGGAAAGAAAUGUACAUUGCUGAGAGAAGCGCCUCCAAGAAGACCAUUGCGACACUUGAGCAACUGCUCCUCCGUCGUGCCCAGCUUGCCAAACUCACAGGCUUUGACAACUUUGCACAGAUGACCCUCAUAGAGAAAAUGGCCAAGACACCAGAGGCUGUGAACAACUUUCUGGAAUCAGUCAAUGCGAAUAACAAGAUACAUGUGCAGAAGGAGCUUGCUCCAUUAUUGGCGCUCAAGCGUAAGGUGGAGCAAGGCGCUGAAGAAUUGAAUCCGUGGGAUCACCACUAUCUCCUCUCAAAGCUUGAUCAACUAGAGGGCGCUUCGGGACCUCGCAGGUCAAAGUCACGCUUGCAGGAAAGUGCCAAAUUUUACUUUGCCCUCGGCCAUGUGAUGCAGGGCCUGUCCAGCCUGUUCGAGUCUCUUUAUGGAGUUCGUUUUGUAUCAAAGGAAACCAAGCAAGGUGAAGUCUGGCAUCCCGACGUUAGACGGUUGGACGUCCACACGGACAAGCAGGAACAUAUUGCCACCAUGUAUUGUGAUUUGUUCUCGCGACCGGGGAAACAGAGCCAUCCCGCCCACUUCACACUUCUCUGCUCUCGAGAAAUCUCGGAGGAAGAGGUCCGCGAAUGCGCUGAACGCGAUGAGCCACUGAAUAACGGCAUGCCGACAUUUCUCAGUACCAACCCGACUUCAGGCGCGACUUCUCAUCACCAAAUCCCCAUCAUCGCUCUAGUAUGCGGCUUCCCACAAUCCAGCGUACCGGGCGAACCUGCACUCCUCUCUCAAUACAGUCUCGUCUCGCUAUUCCACGAAAUGGGCCAUGCGAUCCACAGCGUCCUAGGCCGCACCUCCAUGCAAGGCAUAUCAGGAACCAGAGUCGCGACCGAUUUCUCCGAACUGCCCUCUGUCCUGAUGGAAAACUUCGCCACCAACCCGGCGGUAUUGAAACUUUUCGCGAGACACUGGAAGACCGAUGCACCCAUGCCCGACGAGAUGCUGACCGUCCUUGCUGAAGAAGGGUCCAAAGAAGCUUCGAGACAAGGCGCGUGGAACAACGAGAGCCAGAUCCUCAUGAGUAUCUUGGAUCAGGUGUACCAUGGAGACGGCCCAGUUCAAGCCCUACGGAGCGGACGCUACGAUUCCACCGCUGUGUAUUACGACGUCUGGAACAAGCACGGCUCCGUGCCCGAACCCUGGGGCACCUCGUGGCAAGGGUUCUUCGGCCACCUCCACGGCUACGGCGCGAGUUACUACUCGUAUCUUUUCGACACGGCGAUCGCGCGACGCGUCUGGACAAAUGUUUUUAGGGGUGGUGAGGACAAUGGCGCCAUUGAUCGUGCAAGCGGAGAGAGGUUCAAAGAGGAGGUUCUCAAGUGGGGUGGUGGAAGGGAUCCAUGGCUCUGCCUUGAGGGAUUGCUCGGAGAGGGGAAGGGCGUGUUGGCGGAGGGCGGAGAGGAGGCCAUGUUGGAGGUCGGAAGAUGGGGUGUGGGUGUCGCUGCUGGCACUCUCGACUGA